AUGGCAGGAAGGACAGCAAUAUGGUCUAGUCGAGGUUGGCUAAACGCCAUAGGCUUGCUAACCCUCGCGAGCUUAUUGGUAACCCUCUUUGCCGGCUACCCCAUCAUCUCUUAUUUUGUUCGACAUCCCUUUGGUACCCUGGGUGGUUUCAAUCUGGGUGGAAUCAAUGCGAGUGGGCAAGUACCCGAGAUUCAAGGAUUUCGUGGUCUCAUCGACGUCGACACUCCUCGAGAUGUCCUCACCAAGACUGGGGUUGAUGGAAAUAAAUAUCAAUUGGUCUUUAGCGACGAGUUUAAUGAGGAUGGACGGACAUUCUGGCCGGGUGACGAUCCUUACUGGGAGGCUGUAGACCUUCAUUACUGGGCCACGAAGAAUUUGGAGUGGUACGACCCGGAUCAGGCUACGACUCAGAAUGGUUCAUUAAUCCUGACGCUCGACCAGGCUGCGGAUCCCACCGAGAAUCAUGGACUUGAUUAUCGCGGUGGAAUGAUCCAAACUUGGAAUAAGUUCUGCUUCACAGGCGGUAUCAUCGAAGCAUCUAUUUCACUUCCAGGAGAUCCCGAUGUGGCAGGGUUUUGGCCCGCUUUCUGGACAAUGGGGAAUCUUGGUCGCGCCGGAUAUGGUGCCUCGCUCGACGGCACUUGGCCAUACAGCUAUGACACAUGUGACAUCGGCACCCUGCCAAAUCAAACAGAUCCCAAGACGGGUGGGCCGCCAGCAGUCACCACAAUGGGCGAUCCGUAUAAUGACAAUAGCCUGAGUUACCUGCCUGGUCAGCGGCUCAGUCGUUGCACCUGCUCAUCUAAUUCGGGACCCAAUUAUCAUCCAGGGCCUAAACAUAAUGAUGGCUCAUUUGUUGGUCGCAGCGCCCCUGAGAUCGAUAUCUUGGAAGGGACUUUAGAUCGAGAGAAGCACAUGGGUCAAAUCUCACAAUCUGCUCAAUUUGCGCCUUAUAACGCAAAAUAUACCAUUAACAACAAAACAAAUGGAUUCGCUACAUUUUACAAUAACAAAUACGACCCAGGGCUAAAUGCCUACACAGGAGGGGUUUAUCAACAAUCGGCCUCAGGUUUGAGUAACACAGACCAGGAUGCGUAUGACGGCCAGAAAUAUGCAAAUUACGGAUUUGAAUAUGCACCUUCUGAUUCAGCUAAUCCUUAUAUAACAUGGACGCAACAAGACGAGGCUAUGUGGACUCUGACUCCUGGGGCAGUGGGACCAGAUAAACUCAGUCAAAUAGGUCAGAGGGUCAUAUCAAACGAACCUAUGUAUAUUUUGCUAAAUUUAGGAAUCUCACCAGCCUUUGGGGCCAUUGAGUUCAAGAAGCUAAAAUUUCCGGCAAAGAUGAGGGUAGAUUGGGUAAGAGUAUAUCAACCUAUCGGAUCACCAAACAACAUUGGAUGUAGUCCUCCUAAAUACCCUACAGAAAGUUAUAUUCAGGAUCAUAAGGAAGCAUACACCAAUCCCAAUCUUACAACCUGGCUUCAAUACCAAGAGAAACACGGUGACGGAAGUGGAAAUGUCAAAACUGGGUUUCCAAAGAACAAUCUCUUGGAUACGUGUUAAUUCACUUAGAAUAGAAAUGGACAAAUUCCAACAAUUCAGUUUCCUUUAUCUUUAUCUCCUUAUAAUCAAAUCAUAAACAUCUAUAAUCAUUUUUCUCCUUCGUUUCAAGCACUCUUUUUCUUCUUUUUUCUUUUCUUUUUUUUAAGUCUUGUAAUAACUCUCAAAGGUCGUUUCUUUCAAACUUUUGAUUUGAAAUUUCGUAUAACUUUUAUUCUGAUUUACAUUUUUGUUUGUAUAUUUCCUAUGUGAAACAUCAUAUGUACACAACUUGCAUUCAAGAUGGAUGAUGCUACAUUAUAAUAUUCACAUUGACAUCAAAAUUUAUUGAACAUUGAUGCGCCCC